AUGGCCUUUCUUCGGCCUUUUGACCCGGCCGACGCUGAUCAGGCAGCGUACAUUUGUCGGGCCACGCUACUCCCAGGUCUGGGCUGGUCUGAGCUGGCGGCUCGACUGGCGCCCGUUGCUCUUCGAGUGCUCACCGUCGAGUGGCCCUCCCGCCGCAAACAGUGCUUCGUGCUGGACGACGGCACCGGCAAGGCUGUGGGCUACGUGCUCGGCUGUCCCGACGUCUUUGCCUUCGUGGCCGCCUACCGCCCGUACGUCGACCAGGUCCUGGCCUCGGAUGUGCCGCCGCCCGCCCAGCUCGAGACACAGGUACCGCUGCUUGUGCCAAGGCCGUUGGCCGCGGCGGCGGAGGGGGGUGAGACGGAAAUCAACCCAGAGUGCUUGGUGCAGUGGGCGUACAAGCCCGAGUGGGUAAUGGGCUUCCGCGACAAGGCCGACAUGCUGGAAGCUCACAGGGCUACCUUACAUAUCGACCUGCUGCCCGAGUUUCAGAGGCAAGGGUGGGGCCGCAAGCUCGUCGACCUGUUCGUGGGUAGCAUUCGACAGUCUGUGCGAGAUGGUCAGGGCGACAUGGGCCGAGGAGUACAUCUCUUUAUCGGCGAGGAGAACAAGCAAGUGGUCGACUUUUACCAAAAGUGUGGCUUCCGGCUCCGUGACGGCGGCGACAAAAGGACGUACUGGUUGGUCAAAGAUGUCGACGUGUAA